CCCUGUCCCUGUUCGUGCUCUCUGAACUUUGAGGCAGGAAAGGCACAAUGAUGAUGCCUUGGGCACGGCUGGCAGCACUGCUCCUCCUGGGGGUGGCAGCCUGUGCUGCCCGCCCACGAGGAAGGAUUCUAGGGGGCAGGGAAGCCGAACCCCACCUCCGACCAUACAUGGCAUCCAUCCAGGUAGAUGGGAGGCACCUGUGUGGGGGCUUCCUCUUGAACGAGUGGUGGGUAAUGAGUGCGGCCCACUGUGUGGAGGAGAUGUCACCAGGAGCAACUGUCCAGGUGCUGCUGGGAGCUCACUCCUUGUCCCAGCCAGAAACUUCCAAGCAUCUCUAUGAGGUCCGAAACCUCUUUCCACACCCAGACAGUAACCAUGAUAACAUCCACCAUGACAUUCUUCUCAUCCAGCUGGCUGAGAAGGCGACCCUGAGCUCCGCGGUGCAGCCCCUCCCGUACCAGAGGGGGGCCAGGGAUAUAGCCGGAGGCACGCUCUGCUCGGUGGCCGGCUGGGGCAUCACCAGCCACGCGGGCCGGAAGCCGGACCGGCUGCAGCAGGUCGAACUGCCCAUCAUGGACCGGACCGUCUGCAAUCAGCGUAUCUACUACGACAAUGACAUCACCGACAAGAUGAUCUGUGCUGAAAGCCGCAAGAAGGAUGCUUGUAGGGGUGACUCUGGGGGCCCCCUUGUCUGCAAUGGGGUGGCUGAAGGCAUCGUGACAUCGGGCUCCCGAGUGUGCGGGAACUGGAAAAAGCCGGGAAUCUACACUAAGAUUGCCAGCUACGUGGACUGGAUCGACAGUGUCCUCGCCUCUGCGUCCUGAGGGUGCAGGAAGGGCACCGAGAGGAUCCAAGGGCCCCCUGUCCCUAGGUGUCAGCUUCAGUCUCUGAGGAUCGCAAAGUACCUCUAUAACCCUGGUUGGCCUUGGAGCCCCUUAGCAUAAAAUACCCUCCUCUGUAGGGAGAUCCAAGGGAGAGAGGUGAGCCGGGAAAGGAGGUGGGAUUGAUUACUAGGGCCCCAGAUCCCCAGUUAUGGGAUGGGGAGGGAGGGGACUCACUCUCAAUAAAGCUUUCAAUGCAAAAUCAUCA